ACUCUUUAAGCGUCUAUACUUAUUUGUCUGAUUUCCUGAUGCAAAGACUUUGAAUGAAACCCUGACAUAAUAACGUUUUAUCGAUCUCUCUCCUUAGUUUUUGAUUCGCCCUAGCAAAAACGUAUUGCUGAACUCCUCUACGAUUCUUUGACUCUUCUCUGUUAAAUGUUCAGCGCCGGUCUUCAUCCCACUCUAUUGUUGCUCCUUCCGCUCCAAAAAUUUGCAAAUGUGGUUGACACUGAGGAGCGCCAGAGGCAAUGUCGCUAGCUUGUUGAGCCUCAGAUGGGCCCACAGCACGGCUCGUCCUGCGCCGUUGGAUGGGAUCAUGACCAUCCACUGCAGUAUCACAUCGCCACCGUGGGUUUUCCCGGAGUUUGAUCCGCCGUCAGUGGACGAUUCCAAUAAUUUUGGAAACAUCGGAUUCGGCUUCCCAAGCUUCUCCUCCGAUGGGUCCAUGGAGCUCAUGGCUGUUCCUAAGAGAAAGGUUUCUCCUCACAAGAGGGGCAUAAGAAAUGGUCCGAAAGCUCUCAAGCCUACUCCAGUUAUAAUCCGUUGCAAGAGCUGUGGCCGAGUCAAAUUGCCACACUUCUACUGUUGCAGUGGAGACGGGGGAAAUAGUAAAUACUGGAGAGCGAGAUGGUUCCACAAGAUGAGCAAGUCUUCUGCUGCAUAUAAAAGCAAAAACCUCAUUGUUCUUUUUGUAGAACAAGAAAUUUCCAAUAUUAUAGAGAUAGUAUUGAUUCUGUGUUGAUCAUAAAAGAAUUAGCUUGAAUUAGAAAGUUUGCUGUUUUCUUGGAGAAAUGCUUGGUGGGAUAUGAGAGUGCUUCUGCGCCCUUUUUGUGAAACAUUUCACUCUUGCACCCAAUCAAGAAAUACAGUUGAUGAGGGUAGAAAGUUCAAAGAGAUCUAUUGGAAAUGGAUUUACAAUUGUUUAGAUUCGUGGUCUUUGUUUGUGGACAUGGAUGAAAGUUCUAGCUAGUGCUCUGGAACCAUUACUUGGUCCAACUUCUUAUCGUCCACGUCCCGUUUGACUUUUCUUGAAGCUGCCUGAAAGAGAUUGAAGAUUUUUACUCUAUGGCAAUUGACGUGUUUCUCAUAAAUUUAUUGCUUUCUGGGUCCAUUUUGAAGUUCAGGGGAUGAAGAUAUCCAACUAUCUGGACGAUGUAGUGCUGUUUUGAAUUUGUAAUUUCUCUUUUGGUCAUCCAUUUAGAUAUCUUGCUUGACUCCUAAAGCUACCGUGCACCUUUAAU